AUGCUAAGCUGCAGAGCCCACAGCUUUCCUCUGUUGCAUCCAUUUUCUGUCGGGACUUUUUUCAAACACCUUUCGGUUUCACCUCCAAAACCUUCCGUCCUUAAACCAAUCAGCAAAUCCUUGGUCACCGUCGCCUCUGCUGCACCUCCUGGCACUUCCCAUUUCGGAGCCUUGAAUUCUCACCAGAAGCAACAAGUCCAUGUCUACAUCGAUUCUCUUCUCCAAUGGAACCAGAAAAUGAAUCUCACGGCUGUGAGGGAGGAAAGUGAGGUCAUGGAAAGACACAUCGAGGACUCGCUGGCAAUUAUCGACCCGAUUCGAAAUUCCUAUGUGUCACGUUGUGGUGCUUCUUCUGAGAAUCUUAAGAUUGUCGAUGUAGGGACUGGAGCGGGGCUUCCUGGACUUAUAUUAGCUAUUGCUUGCCCUGAUUGGAAAGUGACACUUCUAGAAUCUUUGAAUAAGCGAUGCCAAUUUUUGGAGCAUGUGGCUGGGGAAACUGGUCUGUCAAAUGUGGAAGUUAUAAGAGAAAGGGCUGAGAAUUUAGGGCAAAAUCAGAACUUCAGAGAGUCAUUUGAUGUUGCAAUAGCCAGAGCAGUUGCAGAAAUGAGAAUUUUAGCUGAAUAUUGCCUUCCUCUCGUUCGCGUUGGUGGCUUGUUUGUAGCUGCAAAGGGUCAUGAUCCUCAGGAGGAAGUGAGAAGAGCAGAGAGAGCAAUACAUUUGAUGGGUGCAACUCUAUGGCAAACUUGCUUUGUUGAUUCACACAGUAAGUAUGGGCAGAGAACUGCCAUCGUUUGCUUGAAAGGUGGUCCAACCCCAAAGAAAUAUCCCAGAGAUCCAGGAACUCCAGCAAAGUUACCUCUUUAAAUAUGCUGAAUUUUAUACCCCUGCUAAGUUUUCCUACUUGUACAGCCGCUUUGAUAAUAGGACAGCACCUCACAUUUGAAGUAGGGUGCAAUGGUCAAUGCCCAAAUGACAGGAGCUAUGUGCAAACACUCUUCCCUCAAAUUUGAAACUAUUCUUACCAGUAUAAACAAGAUGUUACCAACUUUGAGGCUCACUGCCAUGAAAUUGAUCGGCGUUUUUCGGAGGUACUGGAGAAAGAGCUGAGUGGUGGUGGCUCCUGAAUCUGUUCUUGAAACUGCUAAUUGCAGCAUAGCACAGCCGAAAUCAUUAAUCUGCACAGAAAACUAGUUCUGCCGAAAAAAAAAAAAAAAAAAAAAAAACUCCUCUCUUCUGUUUCUUAUUCCUGUUGCUUAUUAUAAGACCUCCUACAUGUACGUUUCACUCUAUUAUAAUGUAUUAAUGCUGACAUUUAUUUUCUGUAUUAAAUAAAGUUGACAUUUUGGUGCUUAGCUUUAUUUGUUGACUAAUACCAAUCUACAUUUACAUCCA